CCCCGCGCGGGUGGCGGUAACGCCCGGUAGUGGCGGGGGGUGGGGGGGGAACUGGGGUGAACCGGGAGGAACCGGAGGCACCGGGAGCCGGGCUGGUGUCCGGGAAGGGGAGCUGGGGACCCAGCGGGGAUGCUCCUGCGCUCCUGGAAGUCGCUGUUCACGGGGCGGCUGCUGCUCCUGACCAACACCCUGAGCUGCGGGGGGCUCCUGGCAGCCGGGGACUGCCUGCAGCAGGAAUGGCACCGCCGCAAGCACCCCGAGAGCCAGCUCCAGCUGGGACGCACCGGGCGGAUGUUUUUGGUGGGCUGCAGCCUGGGGCCGCUGAUGCAUUACUGGUACCUCUGGCUGGACUCUGCCUUCCCUGCCCGGGGCGUGCGGAGCCUCAGGACGGUCCUGAAGAAAGUUCUGAUUGAUCAGCUGGUGGCAUCGCCCAGCGUGGGAGCCUGGUACUUCCUGGCCAUCGGCACCCUGGAGGACCAAUCUCUCCAGGAGAGCUGGGACGAGCUGAAGGAGAAAUUUUGGGAAUUCUACAAGGCUGACUGGUGCGUGUGGCCGGCGGCGCAGAUCCUCAACUUCCUCUUCGUGCCGCCCACCUACCGCGUGGUUUAUGUCAACGUGGUGACCCUGGGCUGGGACACCUACCUGUCCUACCUCAAGCACCGGCCCCGCGGCGCCGAGCGGGACGCGGCGCGGCAGAGCCAGCGCGGCGCCAGGGCGUAGAGAGAGGGGAACCGGGCUGCUCCAGAGGCUCCUGCCUUGCACCAAAUGGAUUUCUGGGCGUCGUGGAUGGCCAGAGCCAGCCCCCCUACCCCCCUUAAUCAGCCUGCUGAUGAUUAACUCACCUAAUUACAGCCAGGGGUUGGGGUUGUAACAGUCCCUCGUCGCGGGAUGAUUUCUUCAGGGGUUUGCCGAGGAGGAGCUGCUGCGGCCCCCCCGGGAAGGUUCCUGGCUGGAUUUGUUCCCUCUCCGGAGCAAACCAGCCCCUUGCUGCUCGUGCAGCACCUGCCAGCCGCCUGCAUCCCCGCUGAGCAGACACUGGGAAGGAAUUCUUCCCCGUCAGCGUGGGGAUGGGAUUCCCAGAGCAGCUGUGGCAGCCCCCGGAUCCCCUGGACGUGUCCGAGGCCAGGCUGGAGCCACCUGGGAUGGUGGAAGGUGCUGGAUUUACGGUCACUCCAACCCAAACCCACUCAGUGUUUCGCUCCUGCUCUCCCUUCAGCUCCUUCCCCUCCUGCUUUUCCAGCUCAAGGAUAAAAUUCCCUCCACUCCCC